GCACGUCAGCCCUACACGCACACAGCCUGUGUGGCAAUGGGCCUGGGUUUUUAGACUUUACCACCAGCCAGGUUGCACACCACCGCCAAAGAACAGUCUCGCCUUCCCAUGUGACGAUGGGACAUGCUCGCCACUCAACUCCACAGACCCAGCCCUUGAUCACCAGCUAUGCCUUUGUUCCCCGCCAUGAGCCGCCAACGUCUCCCGCCCCAGGUGGCGACCUCAGCCCGUCGGCUCAAUUGAACACCAGCAACAGCGCGCAGCUUUCUCCGACCGAAGAGCAACUUGUGGCCGCCGUCCAGACUCGCGACUUGCAUGCGGCACGAGAGAUCUUGCGCCCGGGCGUCGAUGCCGACUUCCUGUGCAACGGCGUCCCUCCACUGGCCAUGGCCGCACGCAACAAGGACAAGCAGAUGAUGCGCCUGCUUCUUGAUAGCGGCGCGGACGAGCAGUACGCACUCAUCGCGCUAUGUGGCGGUGAAAUGCCCGCCGAUGAUGUCCUGCCAGCCUUCCAGCAGUGCAUCGACCAUUUCCGUCGCCGCGCAAGACGGUCCAAGAGGGCCCAUAUCCGCGCAUGCCUGCGAACAUGCAAGCUAAUGUUCUUUGGCGAGCACAAGCGCAUGCACGGCCUCGUCACGGCCAGCCGCCACGCCGCGAUCCCGAGCAUCCUGCGCAGAGUGGCAGCCCGCAGCCGAGGCCCGAUCGGGCAGAUCAGCAGGCUGUGGGAGUGCAUCCCCGGCUCGGCCGAAUCCAGGCACGCGUGGAGCGCAAACUUCAUCCGCGACCAGCAGGCUGCAUGGGAGAAAUGCGUCGGGGUGUUUGACGAUCUCAUGAAGGGCCACCUGCCUCGGGCUCUCGAUGCCGUCCUGCUCUUCCUGGUCUUUGUGUGGUCCAUGUCCGCCCAGGUCGGGGGGAGGGAUGCGGAACAGUUCCGGCACGAGUUCGCCCAGGACCUUUCUCGCUGGCGCGCUCUCUUCUACCAUGACCCGAAGCAGCUCCGUUCGUUCGAACAAGCCACGAGGGAGCUGUUCAGGAUCGACGUCGCAUCCAUGCCCGCGACUCCCACCGACGAGCUCGCUCGUGCCCUGGCCACUUUCCGAGCCCAGGCGCACCAACUGCUCCGCAUCGCGAGAGAGGAUCUAGGUGGUCAACUCCCACGCGAUGAUGUGGCAGUUUUCACUGCACACGCGAAUUGCACCGUCAAGGAGGAGUCCAGUCCGGAUAACAGUGGGAGCGGGGAUGCGUUGGGUCCGGACGUUGUCAUGAGUGGGAUGGAAGAGAGCCCAACUCAUGACACCUGCAUUGGGCCAGGGGCAGAGCAUGAUCCGGGACCAGCUCUGUUGGGAACCGACCCUCUCGAUAACACCUUGGUGUUGAUACUGGCCGGAGUGGCCUUUGCUGCCAUUCUCGGCUUCCUGCUUGGAAUCCGUGGGCUUUUACACGGGUCUCUCAAACCGCUUGGAGGCCCGCUGGCCUCUACGCUCCUUAUCUGGCACGUCAAUGCUGAUCCGCAGAGUGCUCGGUCGAAAUGGCUUUACGAAGUCGUCACGAGAACCACCGAGCUGUUGAGACAGUACCUGCAGCCCCCGGAUCCGCAAUGCCAGUGCCGGGAGGGCACGCAAGUCGAUGACGGCCAACGGGAGCUUUCGCCUGCCCGUAUGCCAAUGGCGUAUCCGUCUCCUCUGAUGGACAACCACAACAUGACACCGUCGCCUGGCGAUGACGAGCUUUCUGAGGUGCCUGAGGCCAUGACAUGGUCGGGAGGCAGUCUCGGGCAUCAUCAUCAUCAAAGCCGAGUCCUGCCAGACACGCCUGGAGUCUCGGCCAUGGCAACAACCUCCACUGCGAGCACUGCAAGCUCGGGCAGCAGUCCCCCUGGUCAGCCGCCCCACCUCGUGCAGUGGUCCCCUGCCGUGCACCACCACCGUACGAGCGGGCCACCACGCCGCGGGAGGCAGCAGCAGCGAACGAACCUGAAGUGCGAGACCUGCGGCAAGUGGUACUCGACGACGUCGAACCUGGGCAAGCACGUGCGGGAGGUCCACGCGCGCGUCCGGUACACCUGCUCGCGGCAGGGCUGUAGGAGGAGCUAUGCUCGGAAUGACACGCUCACACGCCAUUUGCAGCGGCAUCAUGGUGGAGGUCGGCUGGAGUAGGAGUUUCAGUGGGCCACGGUACCAUCAUUCUGGAAUUCGAAGAAGGUUUGGGGAGACGAACGACAGCGUUGCGCCAAGAACGGUCGGGCCCAUGUCGUGCAUGGCUUGGCGGGCUUGACUCUCGGUUGGAUCCGAGCGAGGUAGUGGUGAGAGGAGGAGGAGACAGGCAGAAUGAGGUGUAUCUGAGCUUGAUUUCCAAGAAUUUGCUCUUGCAUGGUUUUCUGACA